AUGAUUGAUGAACCGCGUGAGGAUAACGGUGAUGUUGACGGGAAGACCCCGCAAGUAGCUGGUGCAGAAGCAACUCCAGACGACCAGCAAGAAGAUCAACAUUCCAUCAUCAGAAAGAAGCUCACCCAAAUCCAAGUAAGGACAGUCGACAUCCCAUCUAUUAAAUCCAAAGUGGAGAGUACCCAUGAACCUAAAGAAAGCGCUCAAAAAGACCAAAAGCGAAAAAGGAAGUACACAUCACCACCACAUUCUGGGGAACCUACACCUAAACGAGAUACAAAUAGUGUUGAGGGUGCAGUUCAUACGACAGCUCAAAAUGUAGCGGCAGUAAAAAACUUGGUGGAAGAUAUCACAGAAGAUCUUGACCAUGUCCAGAACUCCAGCUACAACUUGGAAGAGCUCGUCAAAGAGAUGAAUGAACGCAUGAUGGAUCGGUUCGACCACGUUAUGGAAUUUCGAGUGACCAUGGUGCAGAGCAUGGACGAAUGGAAAAAUGGUCAUCAAGUACUCGCUCGCCAACUGGACGCCCUCCGUCAGCAACAAGCGACCGCGGCUGAAGAACAAGCUGAGGUUCUGACCAGUAUUUUCGAGAAGUCCUUCAUGCCUUCCAGCACUGAGGUUAUCACCGAUCUUUCGGAUCUCAAAAUGUUCCCGACUGCGCUAGCGGAUCUACUAUUAUUCAUCGCUAGUGAUGUCACCUUCUCUGCACUACUGCCAUCAGAGUUUCAAGCUGAAUUCGCUCGGAGUGUUUAUAUAGUCAUUGGAGCUCCCAAAGACAUCACAGCUAUUGCUGAGAUGUAUGGAUUGUCAUCCACUGUGCUUCGAAGUCAUUUGAUUGAAAUGGCUUACUUGGCACCGUGUCUGUGGGAUACCUCACAGACCAGUUAUGCGAGGAACUAUAGAAAGGACAUGGCUUGGAAGCGAAUCGCUAACGAUAUGCGUGAGCGGACUUAUGAACGCAGUUAUACGCAGCUGUAA